AUGGUGAUUUAUGACUUGAAGAACUCGGUGGCGAUCAAGCCACCACCGCUUCGGAAUGAAGCGCGAAAUACACCGGAGACCGAAGAUUUCUCUGCUACUGUUCUCUCACCCGUUAGCAAAUUGCUCAGGUGCUUACCGUUAGUAAUAGUAUGCGCGUCAUUGUGGAAGCUGCUGUGGGCGGCCUUUCUGGCGGCCGUGCUGUCCACGUGCCAUGCGGACGCGAGUCGCGAAAGAAGUAAACGUGCCAUAGAGAACAACCCUCAGUUCCAGGGUUACGUCUAUGAGCCCCCAUCGAAACCGUUUACUUUACCCCCUUCGGGGUCACGGACGAGUUUAGCAACAGUCAGGCCACCCACGGUGACCACUGGAUAUAUUUAUACAAGUCCGAAAAUUCCGUUUAUUACGCCUACUACUAGAAGAACGCCACCGACUGAUGGAUAUACAACCCCUAGAACUCCGUUUAUAACGACUACUACUAGGAGAACUACUCCUUAUACAACCCCUAGAACUCCGUUUAUAACGACUACUACUACCAGGAGAACUACUCCUUAUACAACCCCUAGAACUCCGUUUAUAACGACUACUACUACCAGGAGAACGACACCACCGGUGACGAAUGGAUAUACUUAUACAACACCUAGAACUCCGUUUAUAACGACUACUACUACCAGGAGAACUACUCCUUAUACAACCCCUAGAACUCCGUUUAUAACAACUACUACUACCAGGAGAACGACACCACCGGUGACGAAUGGAUAUACUUAUACAACACCUAGAACUCCGUUUAUAACGCCUACUACUACUAGGAGAACUACUACUUAUACAACCCCUAGAACUCCUUUUAUAACGCCUAGUACUACUAGGAGAACUACUACUUAUACAACCCCUAGAACUCCGUUUAUAACGCUUAGUACUACCAGAAGAACGACACCACCGGUGACGAAUGGAUAUACUUAUACAACCCCUAUAACUCCGUUUAUAACGCCUACUACUACUAGGAAAACUACUACUUAUACAACCCCUAGAACUCCGUUUAUAACGCCUAGUACUACUAGGAGAACUACUACUUAUACAACCCCUAGAACUCCGUUUAUAACGACUACUACUACCAGAAGAACGACACCACCGGUGACGAAUGGAUAUACUUAUACAACCCCUAGAAUAUCUACCGUAACGAACGGUUACACAACCUCAAGGACUACAUUUACACUGCCAACCACACGAACCACGUUUACACGAACCACACCAAAGGAAGGAUAUGUUUACUAUACUCCGGACCAAUCGUUUACAUUGCCAACAAGAGUACCACCGCCGCCGCCGAAAACAGGACCGCCUUAUAUUCCUCCGCCACCACAGCCUCCUAGAACUCCACCUCCACCUCAGCGCCCCACACGUCCACCUUAUGUGCCGCCACCUCAACCUCCCCCAACUAGACCUCCUUAUGUUCCUCCAACUAGACCUCCGUAUGUACCUCCACCCUCUCAACCUCCAACUAGACCCCCAUAUGUACCACCACCUUCUCAACCUCCUCCAACUAGACCUCCUUAUACCUCCUUACGUACCUCCACCCUCANCCCACCCUCGCAACCGCCAACUAGACCUCCAUAUGUACCUCCACCCUCUCAACCUCCAACUAGACCCCCAUAUGUACCACCACCUUCUCAACCUCCUCCAACUAGACCUCCUUAUGUUCCUCCACCCCCUCCAACUAGGCCUCCUUAUGUUCCUCCACCCCCUCCAACUAGACCUCCUUACGUACCUCCACCCUCACAACCGCCAACUAGACCUCCAUAUGUGCCUCCACCCUCUCAACCUCCAACUAGACCCCCAUAUAUACCACCACCUUCUCAACCUCCUCCAACUAGACCUCCUUAUAUCCCUCCACCCUUUCAACCCCCAACUGGACCACCGUAUAUUCCUCCGCGGACAUCUGCGCCAACUUAUCUGCCGCCAGAAUUUCCUACACGAUCAUCUGUCACAACGCGAUUCACUACGAAAUAUACACCGCCCGUGACUCCACCAACCAUCAGGUAUACGACCCAACCACAAACCUAUCUUCCACCUACGAACACUACACAACGCACCACGUAUACGACACCACCUACCAGGUACUCGACACCACCUACCAGGUACUCGACACCACCUACCAGGUACUCAACACCACCUACCACGUACUCGACACCACCUACCAGGUACUCAACACCACCUACCACGUACUCGACACCACCUACCAGGUACUCGACACCACCUACCAGGUACUCGACACCAACCAGCACGUACUCGACACCGACUACCAGGCCACCGUUCUCCACCACCCCGGGCACUUAUCUACCGCCAAAAAGCACCACCCCGGGAACCUAUCUACCGCCAAAAAGCACCACCCCGGGAACCUAUCUACCGCCAACCACCACCACGACCCCUCGACCAUCCACUUCCAAAUCAACCACCCCGACCACGACCCAUAGUCGUCCUCCACCUUAUCUACCGCCGUCGACCCCGAGGCCGAGCUACCCCACGAUAAAGCCGCCACCGCCGCCGACACCCACUUACUCGAUCACACCCAGCACACCCACUCCGCCGUCGCCUACAGGAAGUCGAGCGCCACCCCCGACCCUGCCGCCCACGACGCCGAAACCAACUCAAGGUUAUUAUUACCCGAUCCCCGAAAUUCCCUUCGAUUUCCGCAAACGAUGA